GUUAUAGCAGAACUUCGUCGUUUUAGGGGUGAUAAGACACAAGCAACUGCAGCUCUUUUUGCCAAGUCUUUGAAGUUUUGAUUACUGUGGUGUUUGUAUAUUCUCUUUUAUUGUGUGUUGUGUGCUGAACUGAAGACUUUUGAGAGUUUUAUAACUGUGGAAAGUGACAGAUUUUAGAUCUCCUGGGAAAAAGGACAUCCUCUUGAACCCAGUGGCGAGUUCAGUGAUGUGUUCAGUGUGGUUUUGUUUGCAGUGUGGUAUGAGAAUUUGGGUCCUACUGAACAUGAAUUUCAGAGUUUCAGUGGAUCAUAAGUUUUGUAAAGCCAGAUGCAUUUAUUUGGGCAAUUACUUGAGUCGUUUUUACCAGCAUUCCCAAACUAAUUGCAAAUAUCGUAGGGUUGAUUGUACUUUUUUAUUUAUUGCACUUUCCGUAGCUCAUUUUAAGAAAGGUUGACAAUUUUAUAUUUGAAUUCUUUCUUUGCCAAGUGAAAUCAUGUUAUUAUUUUAUUGUUGAUUUUAAUUAUACAUUUUCAGAUAUUGAAUUUUUUUAAAAAGACAUUACAUCAUAUUGUAAAUAUAAUUGUGAUAUCUGUUUCUUGAUAUGGAACUGAAUGGUUAUUGGCUUAUAGACAACUUUGAAAUAUGUUAUACUGAUUUUGAAUAUGUCAGUUUGCAAUCUCCUUUUUAUUGUUAAUAUUUCAUAUAUUUGCAUCAGGCAGUAAAUUGAUUUUUGUGUUGAGUGUAAGUAUUUUUGGAUUAAACAUUCAAUUUUUAUUAAUAGAAAUUUGCAAACUUAUAAUUUUUUGAUACCUAUAAAUUUUUGUUUAUUUAUUGUCGAAGUUGGUUUCUGUAGCUAUGCUCAGGACUGACCUGAAAAAAUGUACUGCAUUUACAGGAUACAGUCGUACAGAACUGGCAGUUUUGAUUCCUCUUGAAUUAUGGAAAGCAAUAGUUCUAUCUGGAACCCUUAAUGUUUAUGCGUGAAAGUACAGCAUUUGAAAAAUGAAUUUCUCCAAUAACCUAAAGUCGUAUUAAUUAGGGCUUAAAAAAAUUUAAAUAGUAAACACCUUCAAAUAGCAAAGUGUCCUGCAGGCUUAGGGAGACAAAAAUCAAUUUUGAAAUUGCUCUACUCAUUGCCACACUAAAAUGAAGACUGAAAUGAAUUGAGACUGAACAGAGGACAAAAAUUGUUAGGUACAUUUUGUAACAUUAGAGCAUAGAAAUAAUUCGUUAUUUUGAUUUGGUCUUGGGAAGGGGGGGGGGAUAUCCACCAUUUAAAUUAAAAACUGAUAAUUCUCAACAUAAAUUGAUUAUUACGAAUAUUGACAAUUAUGUAAAUGCUCAUAAAUUGUUAUUGGGUGAGUAUAUGUCAAGUGUGAAAGUUGACAAACCUUGGCAUUUUCAGUUUUCAUGAAGUUGUAUGAAAACACCAUCAACAUAUCCUAACUGUGAAACUAUCGCCAUAUGUACUGAUUGGUUUAGUUAUGCCUCCUGUGUGACAUUGUAAAUUUCAUGUUAAUUGCAUGGUACCAGUUAUGAACAUUCAUAGAGUUUAAUUUGGCAGAUACUGGUCUCAUUGAUAGUGCAGUAAUAACCAAUACUGUGGAAGUGCUGUGUUAUGUGAUUUUUCUAGCAUCAUUCACAAGUUUCCUAAAAUACAUUUGGUGCUGAUCACAAAAUAUGAUGGUAUGUUUUGAGCCACCAGUGUCGCUAAUUUUUGAAAGAAGAAGACUAAAUGAUAAAUUUAGUGUACUAAAGAACUGAUGACUGAACAGUGAAGUAUGAUUAAUAUAAGCUACUUUUCAAAAUUAUAUUUCAAUUAGUAUCAAUAUGAUAUUCAGUGUCUCAGCAAUAAAUCGCUAUUUUGUCAUGGUACUGCAUGAGAUGGGCUUGAAAUUUGCUACGUCGCAGUUUGAAGAUCGAAUGAAAGAAUUAGAAGCAAAUGCACAUGCUUAUGUAACUGUAAUAUUAGUGCCUUUCUCAGGCAGAUGAUUUUGGGUUUCUGACUACAUUCUAGAAAUUAUGAAUUCACUCUCUGCUGCAAACAAUACCUUCGGCAGACACGAGAUACUCUUCUUUCAGCUUUCAUUAGGAAGGUAGCUAAAUGCAAAUUAAAUUAUCAAAAAACCAACUGCAAAACAAAAAUGAUAUUGAGGAAUGCAAAUUCAAUUGUCAUUGGCUAAGAGACACUUUUUUUUUACUUAAUAAGUGAUUUAUUUCAAUCUAUCAGAUUUUCCAACAACAAUAUAAUUUAAUUUUUUGUUUUGAAUUUUCACCAACAGUAAUUCUUGCAUCCUGAGGUAUGAAAAUAAAUCUAAAUAGUUAUAUAAGUAAUGAGAAAUAAAAUGAGGUACAAAACGUUUUCAAAGCUAAAACUGUUUUGAUUUUGAGUGUUAUGUGGCAUCCAUGCGUGAAUUUUAUAAAUAAAAUCAAAUGUUUUCUUUCUAAGAUUUCCUUUGUUUAAUGUAUCCUGGUGUUAGGAAAUGCUUGCUUAAUUCACCUAUUUGUCCCUUACUUUAUGAAUAUUAAUGGAUGUUUCAGGAAAUGCUAAUAGAAGUUCAUAUAUCUUCACCUAAGAUAGUUACAUUUUUGCUUUUCUGGACUUGAAGUACAGUUUCCUGUGACAUUAAUUGCCCUGUAUUGACAUUAACAUCACAAUUGGAUUUCUCAAAAUCAAAAUUAUUUUGUAAUUGAGAUGUGUUCCGUGCAUCUGUUUACUGGAUAAUCAAGACUAAUAUUGCCAUGAUUGUGGAAAGAUCAAUACAAAGUACAAUACUUCAAAGUUGUCUUACUCCUUACACCUGUCUAGUACUUUUUCCUGGAGGUGGGUUUUACCCUGAAAAAGAUGUUUGUCCAAUAUCAUUGAUGAACGUUGUUGAAGAUCUUGGAACUUUGACUAAGGAAAAUUUACUUACAAAUAACUUUUACAAACGUAUUAAAUUGUGUCCGGUAUUUUCAUGAUUUUGCUUGUGAUUCAAGAUGGUGAUUGCAUUUGGUGCUAUUUUAUGCUUGAUAAUUACUACUCUUCGGUUAAUACUGAAAAAGAAAAUGGUAAAGAGGUAACCUUUGUGGGUGAGACCAUGGGUGGCUCAUCAUGAGCAAAGAGGCAUCAAUCAUACUUUAAUUAAGGAACUUAGAACUGAAGAACUAUAUGAAUUAUUUGAAGAUAGAUGAGACA